AUGAAGCCAGUCUACAUCGCCCUCAUCCCGUUAGUGUCAGCACACGGCUACGUGCAACAAAUUGGGUUCGGCACAAACCUCGUCGACACCUGGAAUCCUUACAAAGACCCCCAGAAAAACCCUCCCGUCAACAAAAUCACACGCAUCUUCAAGGAUAACGGUCCUGUAACAGACGGACUCUUUACUACAGAUGCUAUCACCUGCAAUAUUGGACGCGACGGCAAGAACAAUGUACCAGUCAGCGCGGCAGCUUCCGUGGCCGCUGGAAGCACGGUGAAGUUCAUGUGGACGGACUGGCAGAGCGACCAUCCUGGUCCCAUACUCACAUAUCUAGCAGACUGUAAGGGCAAAUGUAGCUCUUUCUCUGGCAGCACCGGGAAUGUUUGGGUUAAGAUCGAUCAGGCGGGAUACGACGCAAGUAAGGCUGUUCCGUGGGCAAGCAAGAGGCUUCCGACACAGAACAGUACAUGGACCGUGAAUUUGCCAUCCAGCAUCAAGCCUGGUGAAUACGUCCUGCGUCACGAGAUCCUGGGCCUGCAGCGAACAAACAAAAAUGGCAGUCUGGCCCAAUUCUAUCCUGGUUGCCAUCAGAUUACAGUGACAGGAACUGGGACAACGGCUCUACCUGUGGGAAUUGCACUGCCUGGUGCGUAUCAACCCAACGAUAAGAAGAGCAUAUUCCUCGAAUAUAGAGAUGUGUCUGCGUCAAAUCCAUACACCCCACCCGGCGGUCCUGUUUGGGGAGAUAAGGGAUGGAGUUCCUGA